UCACAAAUUGAAAAUCUGCAGAAAUCUCCCAAAGAGAGAAAAAAGUUUACAAAUGUACCUCAAAUUUCAAAUAAGCUGAUUUAGAAUUUUAAUAGGACAAUCUUGCCCUUCUUUAAUGAAAUGACGCACAAAGAGACAUUUUCCUUCUAAGCUUCCAAAACUCAUCUUCUAACCUUAAUCUCAAACAAAAAUCACUCCAUUGCAGCUCUGAGAGCACGAAAUUUUCUUAAAAUCAACACAUCAGCCAUUAAUCAUCAGAUGACUACAUAUAGCCUUCAAUUAUAAAGAAAUCAAGCAUCAAAUCAUCAAGAACAACAAGAAUCCUUUAAGUAAACGGAAGAUUGAGUUUGCUGAGAGUAGUGGUAACAAAAAGAGAGUUGUGGAUAAAGACGACGACGAUGAUUUCGAAGAUGUUCCAGUUUUGAAGAAACAUAAUGCUAAAUAUAUUCUUGCUUCUAGUUCAAGGGUUGUGCGUAUUGUGAAGUUAAAAUUAUGCGAUAUUAAACCAACCGAUGAGGAGAAGUUGUUGUUGAACUUAAAGGGGAUGUUUGUUAAAGGAAAGCGUAAAGUCGAAACGGAGGUAGAGGACAAUGAAGGAGUUGUUUUGAAAACCAAAAUUCAUAAAUUGAUUUUGAAUCAGUCGAAGAUGUUCAAUGAAUUUUCUGCUAUCAAGACAUUUAUAGAGACCGAAUUCUCUGAUGUUAAGAAUCAAUUGGCUGAAUUGAAAAGUCUAAUCACUGCAGCUGCCCAUCGAGAUACAGUUGAGGUGGGUGCUCACGUUCUUAUUUCUUCUUCAGAAGAAACUGUUAGUGAACAUCCGAUUAAAACUAAUCAAGAAGACAUAAUUAAUGAUGAUGACAUUGAUAACAAGGGUGAUGAGAAUGAGCAGAAUAAGAAAGUGGAAAGUGAUGACAGCAAUGACGGCGGUGAUGAUAAGGAUCAUACGAAUGAGCAUACUGAUGACAGCGAUGGCAGUGAGGAUAAGGAUUAUCUGAAUGAGCCUCGUGAUAAAGAGGAAAGCGAUGAUAGCGAAAAUAGCAACAAUGACAUGACUGAUGAUAAGAGUGAAAGAGAUGGUAGAGAAGGUGAUAAAAAAAUGAUGAUGAGAAAAAGGAUGGCUCAAGCCAUGGGAAUGCAGUUGACGAUUCCAAUGUUAGCGAGAGAUUCAAUUAUGUGUACAAAGAUCGUGAGGAUAGUGAAAGUUCUGAAAAGAAAGUCGAUGAGGAUAAUGAUGUAUCAAAAGAGAAUAAAAAAGUUAUACAACGAAGCAAAAAGGUUGAUGCUGUUGAUUCUUUUUUCGAAAAGAAAGUUGACGAGAGCAUUAAUGUGAUGCAAAAAGGUUGAUUUAGUUGAUAAUCGUCCUACUCUCAGUAUUUUUUUGAAGCAAGUGUGUACAUAAGGGACUUCUAGCACAUUUGACUCAAUUGAAAUAAGUGAUAUCGAUAAAGCUGAAAGAGACGUUAUCAAUAAAGCUGAAAUAGACGUUGUCGAUAAAAUUGAAAGAGAGGCUGGUCUUCUUCGCAAGGUUUAUGAAGUUGAUGAGGAGUAGAGGAUGGUUCUAUAUUUAAUGAAGCUUGUCUCAACGAUCUUGCUAAUGUUUGUGAUCGUAUUGAAAAACAAGCUGCUGAUCGUAUUCAACAACAAGCCGCUGAUCAAGUUGCAAAAGAAGCUGCCGCUGAUCGUGUUGCAAAAAAAGCUGCUGAGUAAAUUUCAAAGAUUGCCUCUGAGUUCAAAAUUCCCGAUGCAAAGCCACUAGCAUUUAUCAAGGCUAAAGAGAACGUAAACCGUGUGAAAAAAUUGAAUCCUCUUGAUGACAAUGUUGAUGGAGAUAUUCAAUGUGCAGAACUACAAGAUUUUGUUGACUGGAUUCAGGGUGGGCUGAGGACUGAUGUUAAGUACAUUUUUCUAUUUUUAAGUUUUAAUAUUUAAAUGCAUGAUAAAUAUAUUUUAUCUGUUUUUUGUUUUGAUAUUUGUAGGAAAUUUUUUUAUCUAAAUAAAGACAACAUGAUUCAACCAAGAAUGAAUUUUGAAGUGGAACAUAUUGCGUCAAAAUCAUGGUUUUAUGCGAUUAAGUGUAGUGGUCAAUUUUUGACGUCAUCUCAUAUCACUCUGGUUAUGUAUUACAUCCGCAAGAAAGCCAAGUAUAAGCCGUUAGAUGGUUUGCGAAUUACCACAACUAACUGUCUGUUUGACGAUAGAAUGCCUGCAACGUAUCUGGCAUAUACGAAAAAGAAGAAGCGCGAUGCAUCUACUGUCAGUAAGCGUAGUACUGUAGCUGAUUUUAUUUGUGGAUACAAAGUUCUUUGCAAAUACUCAUUGGAAGGACGUGGAUGAGGUUCUUUUUCCCAUGCACGUGAACACUCAGAAAUAUUGGAUUUUGGAACGUUUGGUCUUUAAAGAGAGAUGCAUAUAUAUCUAUAAUUCCAUGCAAUCAGCUUUGUCGAGGGCUCUUGGAAUGGAAGCAGCCACGAAAUAUUCAGUUCUCAUUCCUCUGUUUUUAACUCGUAUGAAUAUUUAUCAAAAGAGGAGUGACAUUGAUUUUAA